UUCCUAUCAACGAGUGCAUGGGCGAAAAAGAUGCCAAUUUGGAUGCAAUAAUUGCUCGCUAUGCGGAGACUAUAAACAAGUACAACUUACGUAACUUAGGCUACCCCACUAAUCAAGACUUCAACUACGACAAAUUAGCACCAUUAUUUCAUUUUCACUUGAACAAUGCGGGUGAUCCAUUUGUUGGAAGUAGUUUCUCUCUGAAUUCAUCUCCAUUUGAAGUUAGUGUGCUUGAUUGGUUUGCAAAUCUUUGGAACAUAGACAAUAGUGAGUAUUGGGGAUAUGUCACAACUGGUGGAAGUGAAGGCAAUCUUCAUGGAAUUUUAGUAGGGAGAGAACAAUUUCCAGAUGGGAUUCUAUAUACUUCACAAGAGUCACAUUAUUCAAUAUUCAAAAUAGCAAGAAUGUAUAGAAUGCAUUGUGUGAAGGUUGGUUCUUUAUUCUCAGGUGAAAUUGAUUGUGUUCAACUAGAGGCCAGUCUACUUUCCCACAAGGACAAACCAGCCAUCAUCAAUCUAAACAUAGGGACAACUAUGAAAGGAGGUAUUGAUGAUCUUGAUCUUGUAAUACAAACACUAAAGAAAUGUGGUUUUACUCGUGAUCGAUUCUACAUUCACUGUGAUGGAGCUCUAUUUGGAAUUAUGUUGCCUUUUAUAAAACAAGCUCUAAAGGUUAGCUUCAAGAAACCUAUUGGCAGUGUAACUAUUUCAGGUCACAAGUUUUUGGGAUGCCCAUCUCCUUGCGGUGUUGUGAUAACUCGUUUGAAAUACAUGAGUGCGAUAUCUAGAGAUGUUGGCAUCAUUGCUUCAAGGGAUGCCACAAUCACAGGUAGCCGUUGUGGGCAUGCUCCCAUCUUCCUUUGGUAUGCUCUCAAAAAAAGGGGUUUAAUAGGACUUGAAAAUGAGGUGCAUGAAUGUAUAAUGAAAGCACAUUAUUUACUAAAUCUACUACGUGAUGCUGGAAUUGGUGCUAUGUUAAACGAGUUCAGCAACAUAGUUGUAUUUGAGAGGCCCCUCGAUGAUGACUUCAAUCGUAGCUGGAAUUUGGCAUGCAGUGGGAAUAUUGCACAUGUGGUAGUGUUACAACAUGUUUCUGUUGAAAUGUUGGACACCUUUGUUCAUGAAUUUAUUGAAAAACGAUCCAUUUGGUCAAAAGAUGAACAAUUUAAGCCUCUAUGCAUUGCAAAUGAUGUUGGUUCCAAAAAUUGUGCUUGUUUGAUGCACACAACUUAUCACAUUAGCUAA